AUGACGAAGCACAACAUUCAGCUUAACACCCUGAAAGAGUGUCUCCAGUUCCUGCAGUGGCUGCAUAACGGUCCUGGUAAAGGUAUGCAACAGCAGGUGGCCAAAGAACUAGAAAGCCGUAUUGGCAACUAUUUUAGUUCCUCAUUUCGUCCAGUGCGUGACAUUCAAUCCCAACUGUCCCCAUUCCUCGGCCACGUGUCGUACUUUUAUGGUAGGUUAUGCUACGACCCAACGCCGGUGAAUUAUAACAUUACGGAUGCAAAAACAGUUGCCGACGCCCUUCUAGAGUGUGUCCCUAAAUUCCUCGCCGCUAUGUACUAUUUGGAGUACUGCGUAAAUAACACCUUCCGAACGCUGGGCGGCGGGACUUGGGAAAAGAAUUGGCUGGGAUACAAUGCGGGUGAUUCAUGGGGAGGUGAUCUUGCUAACUACCUCCAUGCUCAAAGUAGUGAUAACUACGGCGGCACGAUACCCGGGGGGUUCCGGUACAGAGAGGUUAGAUAUAACCCAACUGUGUUUCACAGAGGCUACCCCCAGGGCGCUGAAAUGGCAAGUGACCUUGCAAAGAUUGUGGACAAAAGAAGAUACUACAAUUUCUUCCGCAGCGUCUUUGUCACUUCCGUCAUUGGAGAAUCGGCCAAUCGUAAAGAGAACGCCGCGAAUUCUCUUGUAUUGGUCAGAACCUUUUGCGACAUUGUUCUUGAGGAGGAUGACAAAGAUAACGGUGGUAAGUUAAUAGCCGCAUUGAAUGACGGCUUUAAAAGUCACGUGUACUCAUCCGGCAAUUCUAUUUGCUGGAAAGACUUAAGAGCACAUUGCAAUAGGCUUAGAAAACAAUUUGACAAAUUGCUCGCCGAGAAACGCUUUGACUUCACAGGCCAGGUGACAAAAGUUAGCGACCUUAAUAAAGAGGAGUUAGCUAAGAAAACAGCGGAUUGGUUGAGAACUUAUUUGACCACCGUGCGCGGGAAUUUGAAAGAUAUUAAGGCAAAUACGGAAAAGCAUCUUGGUACGUACUUCACUAAAAAUCUUUUCCCCUACGGAUUCACAUUUAGUGGACAAACCCGCUUUGGAAUAACGGACAGAGUUGCAAACAGUUUGGCAAAGGGUCUGUACACCGUAAUCACUGAGCUUCAGAGAAGUGGCGGCGAUUUGGAGAGGCUUAAAGAAAUUUUGGAAGGAACUUACAGAAAAUCGUGUCCCGAUCCCCUGCCGCCUAAAAAGCCAGAGGCCCCGCCUGCCAAGGUUCCUGAAGAGGAUCAAGAUCAAGGCAAGAAAAGUGAGGGAGCACAGAACCAGGGGAAGAAAGCGGAGGGAGCGCAGAACCAAGGCAAGAAGGUGGAGGGAGCACAGAACCAGGGCAAGAAAAGUGAGGGAGCACAGAACCAAGGCAAGAAAAGUGAGGGAGCGCAGAACCAGGGGAAGAAGACGGAGGGAACUCCAAAUCAGGGUGAGCCGCUUGGCCCUACAACGUCGAUGUCAACAAAUCAGAACAACGGUCAAGGUGAACAAAAGUUUCCACCUCCACCAGGUGUAACAUCUACUGCCUCAGAUACGUCUCCCGGUGAUCCAGGAGCUCCAGGUCCGGCAGGAUCUAAAGGUGAUCGAGACCAGCAAGGGCCUCCUGGUCCCGUAGCUCCGGCGUCUUCUUCGACUCAAGAUACAUCAGCUAAGCAAACUGUACAACCUCAUCAACCUGCACCUCAAGGUCCGCCAGUUCCUCCCCCUCCGCCAGCUACCCCCAGUGCUCCUGGAGGCCCCGGCCCCGCUGCCCCUCAAGCCCCUACGCUUACUAACCCUCCGAGUGUUACAGGGUCAAGCGCUGGGACAACUGGUGGCCAGGGGCCUGGGCAACAAGGUAGUCAAGAUGUUACUCAACCAACAAGUCAAGGCACCGGUCAAAAUACAAGCAGCGGCGCUACUCUGUCGGGUGCCCCUGCGUCUAGUGGAGGUGGGAGUGGAGGUGGAGCUGGAGGGGGAGGGAAGGGGCAGCAGGUUGGGGGUUCUCAGCCCUUGCCGGCUGCACCUCCGGCACAGUGUUCAAGUGGCAUGUCAUCUGUAUUGAUUGGUGGAAGUGAAAUAUGUGUUCCUAAGCCCACGGCGCUUAAGCCAACUGCCUUUGUACCUAAGAUGUCCGAUGACGAAAUUUGGGAUUUACAAAAGAAAGAAAUCCUGGGAGAAGGAUAUAGAAAAUUACAGGAGAAAAUCCAACAAAGAUCACAAGUUAAACAAAGAGCCCAAAUUCCUCCCACCCUUUCAACUCAGCCUAGACGUCCUACUCCCGGGCCUUCCCCUCGGCCUCCCGGUGGCCGCCCUAUUCUUAGGAGCGAUUACUACGAUCAGGUGGAGGGGAGGCCCAGGCAGGGGGAGCCAACGUUUAUCCCGGCUUUAUAUGGCAGAGAGAUGCCAGAUGACCCAUUACCGGACCAAACCGAAGGGGAUCAAAUAUACAAAGCCACACUUAAACGCAACUUCCUAAAAUGGCAAGCUGGCCAUCAAGAGGCGCAGAAGCGCAAAUUACUUGAGGAAGCUUUGGAAGUUGACGGUGUACCACUGUCCAAGUUUAAUAAUUCAGUGCAGACUGGAUUCGACGGAGUAACAGUAGGAGGCAUCGACGGUGUGGAGGUAGCCAAUGACCACAGUGUGGACCCUGAGGAGAAGAAGAUGGAAGAUGCUUAUUAUAAAAAAAUACACGACGACAUCACUGCAGAUAUUGAUAGGCAAAUUGAAAUGAAAAAAAUCGAAGAGAGGCAGAAAAAGGAAAUCAAGCAACAUAAGGAAAUGGGUGAAAAAAAAUUUUUAAAGGAUCUUUGGAAAGUCGAAGAUUUCGGAAUAUCGGGUCCUCCCUCUACCAAAACUGUCGACCAUUUGGACAUCGAUAUCUAUGCCCCACCGCAUAGCCAUACCAUUCCCGAACGUCCGGAUCCUGAUAUUACCCAGUAUAUUAACGACCACCCAAAGCCUCAAGUGGACAUUGAAGUCGCAGACAAAUGGUCUCCGGAAUCCAACGAUAACAGCAGUGCCGACUUCAAGCUUGCAGAUUUGUCUUUCGAUUUUCAGCAAAAGGACCCAUAUUAUUCGCUGGGCUUGCCGCCGAUUCCUCCUGAAAUUCUAAUCGAGCGUAAGGAUUAUAAGACUUCGAAUGAAGCUGACGAUCUCAAAUUGGAGCCUACGGAGGAUGAAAGGUCUUUCACGGAUCUCCACAUCGACGUCCCCAAGCGCACAGUUGCGGACCCCUCAUAUGACUUCGACAUAGAUCACGACCCUCCGCCUCUGCCAGGCGUCCAGCCACGUGACCCAGUAGGACCAUCCACCGCCGCCAUUGCUCUCAAUUUAACACCGUUUGAAGUUGCGCCGUACUCUGCCCCCAAAGACUUCGACACCAAUAACAUAAAUCGACAAACUGUACCAAUGUGUAUACCAGAUUGGUCUACCCAGAAACCUACGCAUGACUCUACCAAUAUCCCCGAGACGGAGCUGUUCCCCGCCGAGGCGCCGCGCACAGUCAGGGAGAUGCUCACUUGGCUGGCGGGACUGCGGCAUCAAAAGCAUCAAGAGACUCUGCAAAAGUGUAUUAAUAACGCAUUCAAGCGCGGAGAUUAUGACGCUUCAGAUCUCCGACUCUCAGUCAACGGUGCUGACAUCAGACCCGAAAAUGUCAUCGACACCAUUAAGCUUGCCGCCGUCUUUGCAGGCUCAGUGCUCUCUGGCAUUGCACAUAAGUGGAGACAGUCAGCGUCGUCCGCAACUUCAGCGUCUAAGGAACCUGAUUGCUGCGCUCUCCUCUGCCAGCUGCGGGACUACGUCUACGCCUGCUGCCACCAGUUGGCGUUCCUAAGGUCACAGUGUUCUCGAGUCUGCCAGCAGGGUGGUUGGCAGGAUUGUCCGUACGGCCGUGAUGCCAAGAUGUCUCCCCUCCAGGCCUUCCUGACGGACGCCCCCGACUCCAAGUUCGAGACGCAUCCCUUCGACCCCUGCAACAUCUGCCUCAAGAGCCGUGUCAACAUGGGAUUCACAAAGGAUGAUUUGCCUACACCUAACGAAACUGGCAGCCAUAUUCACACCAUCCUCACUCCCAGCUGCGGCGGCGACGAUCCCUUGCUGACAUUGACCUCUUACCUCACCUGCAUCACCAGCCGGACGCCGCGCACCACCGGGGAGCUUGUGUCUUUCUUCCACAAUUUCGGCAAUUCACUAUACAAGCCUCAUCCACACUUGUCCCAACUAGGCUCCGCCCUCUCCAAGCCACAUGACCACUGCCCCGACUGGGACCACCUUGCUGCCGACGACCUCAAUGCCAUCCAGUACAUCCGGGGCCCCGCCCCUCCCACCGCCAACCACGACAAAGGCCAUUCCAGGACCCUGUCCACACUGGUUGGCUGCGACAUAACCAAUGCGCAGUGCCCACCUCAUAUUUCGUCCACCACCUACCGGGCCUACGCCCUGUACUCUUCCAGCUUCGCGCACGCCUACCUCAGCUGGGCGGUCUACCUGGCAGACAGACUGUGGGAGUCAUUGCUCAAGCUGCACUAUGAUCUCGAGAACCUUCAAUGUCACGACUCCAAGUCCAAGCCCCUCCACCAGUGUACCAAGGCCCUGCCGCUGCUCUACUCUCACGGCAUCACGCCGCCAGACGGGACAGUGCAGUCCUCACUCACGUGUUCGGCUGCCGUCACCAAGCUGGGAGAUGUGGUCGCCGGAAAGCCUAUCGCAAGCCUCAUGACCGCCAUGGACGAGUUCCUAUACCGCAUCCGUGCGCCCUUCCUCUACACCAUCACAGCACUCUGGCUCAUCGCCACGCUCUACAUCCUCCACUCACUCCUCUACCGCAUGGACGUCCUGCGCAUCCGCUCCCACCUCCUCACCACCAGGGCCUCACACCUCAUCGACGUCAAGGCGCUGCUCGCCGGCAGCCGCAGGAUGCUCUCACUCUACAAAGACGUCGACUACUUCGACGAUGACCUUCACUCAUGA